UUCGCCAGUCGCACCGUGCACGCUCCUACCUUUAAUUCGCAAAAAGCCAAUCAAAUAGUCAACCCAAAGUUAGUUAGUUACACCAGAGAGCCACAAGGUACACGUACCACACUGCGAACCGAGAAACAAUCCACUUUUUGGGCAUAAAACCCAACCAACAAUUGCUGUGUGCAAAUUCCGUUGCUCGAGUGCCAGAAAUUUGAAUCGAUAAUCGCGAGGGAGGAGGCUGUAAACACAAAACACCCAAAGUCCAGUCCAGAACUAACGCAGAGCGCAGCAGCAGCAGCAGCAGCAGCAGCAGCAGGAGUCAUCAUGUCUUAUCGCUUGAAAGCCACCAAAUGCCCCACGGACGAGCUGUCGCUCACGAAUCGCGCGAUUGUCAAUGUCGGCGACUUUCCCGACGAUGUCAAGUACGCAGACAUCUCGCCCGCACCUGGGCAGCACUUUAUUUUCGCUCUCGAGAAGACCGUGGAGGUGCCGCGCGGCUACGUGGGCUUCUCCCUGGUGCAGCGCAAGUGGGCCAUGGUGUCCAUCAACCAGGAGCUGGAGGUGCGUCCGUACCGGUUUGACGCCAGCUCCGAUGUCAUAACUUGCGUGUCCUUCGAGACAGACUUCUUGCAAAAGAAAACCGUCUCCCAGGAGCCCUACGACUCGGACCAGAUGGCCAAGGAGUUCAUUAUGCAGUUCGCGGGCAUGGCCCUGACCGUGGGCCAGUCGCUGGUCUUCAACUUCAAGGAGAAGAAGCUGCUGGGACUGGCGGUGAAGGCGCUGGAGGCCCUCGACCCCAAGACCUUGGGCGAGGGCAAGGAGGCGGCCAUGAGGAACGUGCGCUUCGGCCGCAUCCUGGGCAACACGGUGGUGCAGUUCGAGAAGGCGGAGAACAGCUCGCUGAAUCUGCAGGGCAAGUCCAAGGGCAAGGUGGUGCGCCAGUCCAUCAUCAAUCCGGACUGGGACUUCGGCAAGAUGGGCAUCGGCGGCCUGGACAAGGAGUUCAACUCGAUCUUCCGGCGGGCCUUUGCCUCGCGCGUCUUCCCCCCGGAGCUGGUGGAGCAGCUGGGCUGCAAGCACGUGAAGGGCAUCCUCCUGUACGGGCCCCCGGGCACGGGCAAGACCCUGAUGGCGCGCCAGAUCGGCACCAUGCUGAAUGCCCGCGAGCCGAAGAUCGUCAACGGACCGCAGAUCCUGGACAAGUAUGUGGGCGAGUCGGAGGCGAAUGUGCGGCGUCUGUUCGCGGACGCCGAGGAGGAGGAGAAGCGGCUGGGCCCCAACAGCGGCCUCCACAUCAUCAUCUUCGACGAGAUCGACGCCAUCUGCAAGCAGCGGGGCUCCGUGGCGGGCAACAGCGGCGUCCACGACACCGUCGUCAACCAGCUGCUCACGAAGAUCGACGGCGUGGACCAGCUGAACAAUAUUCUGGUCAUUGGCAUGACCAACCGGCGGGACAUGAUCGACGAGGCGCUGCUGCGGCCGGGCCGGCUCGAGGUGCAGAUGGAGAUCAGCCUGCCCAACGAGCAGGGCCGCGUGCAGAUCCUCAACAUCCACACGAAGCGGAUGCGCGACUUCAACAAGAUCAACGAGGACGUCGACUGCAAGGAGAUCGCCUCCUUGACCAAGAACUUCAGCGGUGCGGAGCUGGAGGGCCUGGUGCGUGCCGCCCAGUCCAGUGCCAUGAAUCGGCUGAUCAAGGCGGACGCCAAGGUCACCGUCGACCCGGAGGCCAUCGAGAAGAUCAAAGUGAAUCGCGACGACUUCCUGCACUCGCUGGAGAACGACAUCAAGCCGGCCUUCGGCACGGCGCAGGAAAUACUCGAGAACAUGCUGGCCCGCGGCGUCAUCAAUUGGGGCACGCCCGUGAGCAAUCUGCUGGAGGACGGCAUGCUGUACGUGCACCAGGCACAGGCGCCCGAGUCGAGCGGCCUCGUCUCGGUGCUGAUCGAGGGAGCGCCCAACUCGGGCAAGUCGGCGCUGGCCGCCCAGCUGGCCAAGAUGUCGGACUUUCCCUUCGUGAAGGUCUGCUCGCCGGAGGACAUGGUCGGCUACACCGAGUCGGCCAAGUGUCUGCACAUUCGCAAGAUCUUCGACGACGCCUAUCGCUCCACGCUCAGCUGCAUUGUGGUGGACAAUGUGGAGCGGCUGCUCGACUACGGCUCCAUUGGGCCGCGCUACUCCAACAUGACGCUCCAGGCGCUGCUCGUGCUGCUGAAGAAGCAGCCGCCCAAGGGCCGCAAGCUGCUCAUUUUGUGCACCUCCAGCAGGCGCGAGGUGCUGGAGGAAAUGGAAAUGCUGACCGCCUUCACCUCGGUGCUGCAUGUCCCCAAUCUCUCCAGUCCGGAGCACGUGCUGUCCGUGCUCGAGCACACGGAUCUCUUCAACAAGGGCGAGGCUCAGGCCAUUGGCAAGAAGAUGGCGGGCAAGCGCGUCUUCAUUGGCAUCAAGAAGCUGCUGGGCCUGAUCGACAUGGCCCGACAGACGGAGCAGUCGCAGCGCUCCAUCAAGUUCCUGUCCAAAAUGGAGGAGGAAGGCGGCCUGGACAUGGUCGCCCGGCAAUAGGCGAGCGCACUCCUUGCCGUCUCAAUUAUUAGCCACUAAGUGAGGGAAGGGCGCGCCGCUUACAAUUACAACUCAAAAA